AUGUCGUUGGUUGAAAUAACAGAGCACGAUGAAGUGAUCUACACUAUUUUGGACAAACCGCCUCCAGAGCCACCGAAAACACCUAGAUACGAGUCAAAACUUGAAAAGGAAUUGAGGGAAGCUAAACGGCCGGAACUCCGUCGUACAUUUGGUUAUGCGGAGACCCCACUGAAACCGCCGACAGAGUUUUUAAAAAAGGGCGAAGGUAUAGGCCAACCUGUUAAAAAAACUGAUCACAAAUGCUUCGUGUCUGGCAAUCUUCCACCGGUGCCGAAACGACCACCGCCUACGAAGAAACAAGACAAGCCAGCAGUUAAUUUCAAAGUUAUUAAUAUAAAGAAAGCCAUAAAAACUAAGGGGAAGCCUGUGGAACCCAGGCUGGUAGAUACGAGAGAUGGUCACAUAAAGAAGAUUAAAGGUUCCGGGGAAGUUCCAGAAUUCUGUCUCAGACCAGACUUUGGACAAACGCCAGCAUACCUUAUAAAAAGAAAUAGAAAAAUUCAGAAAGCCCUCGAAAAAAUGAAGUACGCCGAAGAGCACAAAGAAAGUUUAUGCAAGCUCAUCACUGCUGAAGAACGUCAAAAACUGCUCGAUGAUCUCAAACACAAUUGGUCGCUGAUGCAGAAGGCGUUCCUUCAACUACCGAUGCUCACGGAUACGAUACCCAAGAUCCUUCGGAAGACUAAAAUGGAGGCAGAGUUGAGGCAAUUGGAAAAAGACAUAGCUUUAGUUGAGAGCAAUCCUUACAUUUAUAUCUACGAAUAA